AUAUCUCUUACCAUAUCUUCUUCAUUCAAUUCCCACCUUCAUCAUCUCUUGAUAUGGGAAAGAAAGGAAGUGGUUCGUGGUUCACCGCAGUCAAGAGAGCUUUUAGUCCAAAUAAAUCCAAGAAUCAAGAUCAAGAUUUCGAUCAAGAAGAUGACAGGAAGAGGGAGAAGAGAAGAUGGUUGUUUAGAAAAUCAUCAAAUGCUGUACAAAUACCGAGUCAAGUGAGAGAUAAUGUAUCAAGUAACGAUGUUCCACAACCUAAACAUGCUGUUCAUGACCUCGCUGCAGAGGAGGAGAAGCGUGCCAUUUUAAUGGCGGCAGCCACCAUUAAAGCGGCUGAAGCUGCUGCCACUACCGCCCAUGCAGCUGCGGAGAUUAUUCGUCUCACCACCAGACCUUCUCCCAUUUCUGUUAAGCACCAUUUCGCUGCCAUUCUCAUUCAGACAUCUUUCCGUGGCUACCUGGCAAGAAGAGCACUACAAGCACUGAAGGGGAUAGUGAUGCUUCAAGCAGUGAUUCGAGGUCAGAAUGUAAGGAAGCAAGCAACCAUCACUUUAAGAUGCAUGCAGGCACUUUUACGAGUACAAUCACGACUACAUGAUCAACGAUCCAGGCUCUCACAUGACGGAGGUAGAAAGUCAGUGAUGGCAGAAACACCAACUUUCUUGGAAUCCAAAUACCUUCAAGAUAUACGACAAAGGAAGUCCAUGUCCAGAGACGGAAGUUGCAUUCCGGAUGAUUGGAGUGACAGACCACACUCUCUUGAAGAGCUCGAUGCCAUAUUACAGAGCCGAAAGGAACGUGAAGCGUCUCUUGCUACAGCUUUCUCCCAACAGAUGCAGAAACUCAGCAGAAACCCAUCUACCAUGGAUGAAAAAGAGCUCGAAGAAAGUGCUAGUUGGUUAGAUCGAUGGAUAGAAGCAAAGCAAUGGGAAAACCAGAGAACCAGCAGAGCUUCUUUAGACAGAAGGGACUCGAUAAAAACAGUUGAAAUCGAUACUUCAAGACCCAAUUCUCGCUCAGGUACAAGCGCUUACAAAUUACAACAAUACCAUGCUUCACAUUACAUCCCCAACUCACCGAGUCGAAGAUCAAGCUACAGCCCUUCAACAGGUCAACAACCCAUCACACCAUCUCCAAUCAAGACAAAACCAAUACAGAUCCGGUCAGCAAGUCCGCAUUGUUCAAAAGAGGAGAGAAGUUACUUGAAUACAAACAUACAUAGCCUACGCUCAACUCCACGUGUCAGUGGGUCCAUGUUUAGGUAUAGCACGUGUGUAAACGACAUGGCAAUACCUAACUACAUGGCUGCAACAGAGUCUGCGAAAGCAAAGAUAAGGUCACAGAGCACACCUAGACAGAGACCCGCAACACCAGAGAGGGAACGAGUGGGGUCUGCUAAGAAAAGACUAGCAUACCCCAUCCCUGAUCCAUGUGAUAAUGGCAGCGAGGGGUACAAGGGUCAUUAUUACUCUGAUCAUAAUUAUGGUCAUAACUUAAGGAGCCCAAGCUUCAAGAGUGUCCAAGUGGGUCAUGUUGGUAUGGGACAGCAAUGGUAUUAUGCAGACAGCACUAAUGGUGGAGAACUUUCACCUUGUUCUACUACUGAUUUAAGAAGGUGGCUUAGGUGAGUUAAUUAGUGGCAUGUCGACAUAACAUAGAGAAGAAGUAGCAUCAAGUUUAAUUAGGUGAUGUUUGAUGAACCGAAACAAAAGAAAUUAGGGUUCCAUUUGUUGCCAUUUUCAUAUAUCUUGUAGUAUUAAAUGUAUUCUCUUCAUUGUUUCCAACUAUUGUAAUAUUUAUUGAACAUGGGCAUGUUAACAUGAGCCAAGUGCAAUGUAUAAUUAAGGGGUGGUAUCUUUUUAGAAACAUGCAAAA